UCGAGUCGUUCGGUUCCGAGACGGGUGACAAUGGUGAGAUGCAGGGCGGAAAAUUGAACGGAUCUAUGCCGUUGAAAAGACAGAAGCUGCUCAAAUGGCACGGAUGGGGUUACAAAGACACAAGGGUGAUUUGCUCGCAGAAAGGAAAGCUUUUUGUCACCAGCAAGAGGUAUCCACAAGUAAAAAUAAGCCAAGUUUCCCAAGACGUGAGGAAAUGGAUCCAAGACGUGUGGGGCAUUGAUUUGUACCAAAUUGAAAAUAUUCCUGAGCCGCCACCAUCUCCAGAAAUAGAUAAUUAUCCAGAUUCGCUAUUAAAGAAAGAAUUUUUGAAAGGGGUGCAAGAACUCGAGGUGUCUUUUUCAACUGAUGGCGAGGAUCGUUUUUUCCGUAGCCACGGACAGGCCAUGUGUGAAUUGGUAAACGUCCGGAAUUAUCAUUUUGAACGUCUGCCUGAUAUGGUCAUUUGGCCAACGUGUCACGAGCAAGUAGUGCAAAUCGUCCAUCUGGCGAAUAAACACAACGUCGUCAUCAUACCCUUCGGAGGGGGCACAAAUGUGACCUGUGCCCUUCGUUGCAGCCCUGACGAAAUAAGAAUGAUUGUUUCUCUCGACACCUCUCAAAUGAACCAAAUUUUGUGGUUGGACAAGUCGAAUUUCACGGUUUGCGUUCAGAGCGGAAUUAAUGGUCAAGACUUGGAAGCCAAACUGAUGGACGAAGGCUUCACAACAGGCCACGACCCUGAUUCAUUAGAAUUUUCAAGUGUUGGAGGUUGGGUUUCGACCCGAGCAUCGGGCAUGAAAAAAAACAAAUACGGGAAUAUUGAAGACUUGGUGGUGCACAUAAAAUUUGUCACCCCUGCAGGUGUGAUCGAAAGGGAAAGUCGUGGCCCAAGAAUUUCCUGCGGCCUGGAUUUCAACCAAAUAAUUCUUGGCUCUGAAGGGACGUUGGGUGUGAUAACAGAAGUGGGUCUCAAGGUGAGGCCCCUGCCUCUGACGCGGGUGUUCGCCUCGUACGUUUUCCCUGAUUUUGAUAGCGGCGUGAAAUUCACCCACGAAGUGGCACAUAAGAAAUUACAACCUGCAUCUCUGAGGGUGUUGGACAACAUGCAAUUCAAAAUGGGCCUGAUCAUGAGAGAGCAGAUGGGAUUUUUCCGACAACUGAUGGAAAAAUUAAAAAUGCUCGCGUUGAGAACAAUUUUGAGUAUUGAUGAGGACCAACUUAGCUUUGCCGUUGCAGUUUUUGAAGGGUUUGAAGAUGAAGUGGCGAUAAAUAAGGCAAAAAUUGACAAACUGGUGGCUACGUUCGGAGGCGUUUCGGCUGGCGAGAAAAAUGGAGAGCGAGGAUAUUUGCUGACCUCAACCAUCGGUUAUAUGAGAGACGUUUGUCUCAAUUUAGGAAUGUUGAGCGACUCGUUCGAAACAUCAGUGCCUUGGGAUCGAGUUUCCAGUCUCUGCCGAAAUGUGAAAUGCGUGGUGGCCGAAGAAUGCAAAGUGCGAGGAAUCGGUCACAUGUCCAUUUGCUGCCGAGUCACCCAAGUGUACGACACAGGCGCGUGUGUUUACUUUUACUUGGCUUUCAACGCGGCCGGCGUUCCAAACGCCCUCCACGUGUACGAAGAAAUCGAGUCUCGGGCCCGCGACGAAGUGAUUUCCAGCGGCGGAAACGUGUCGCACCACCACGGCGUGGGUCAGAAGAGGCGCGAAUGGGUGCCCAAGCAAAUCUCGCCCACCGCGGUCAAUUUGUACGUCGCCAUCAAGAAAACACUCGAUCCAAACAAUGUGUUUGCUGUUGAAAAUUUAAUUAUGCCACAAAAAGAGACGCAUCAUUUAUGUCAUCUUUGACAGUUUAAUUCAUUAAUUAUAAUUAAAACAAUUUUUAUUUUUAUGUAAUGUUUAUUUGUGCUUGUGAAAUAUGAGAUGCUGAAGAAUGUAAAAUUAGCAAAUCUUUUAAA